AUGCUUGGUAGGGAAGUACGCACGUCGCUACAUGCCAUGUUCUUGAGAGGGGAACACCGACCACCAUUAGUUAAACACCAGCCACAUCUUAUCAAAGAGUUCAAUCCAGGCGACCGCAUCCAGGCCCGUGAUUAUACAGUCGGCUCCACGCAGCGCUGGCGUUUCGGGACCAUUCAGGAACGUUUAGGGAGAUUACAUUAUAAAAUAAUAACUGAUGACGGCUGUGUCUGGCGUAGGCACAUUGACCAUAUCCAAAAGCUAGGGAGGAGAAACUGUAGUGUAUCACCUCUUUAUUAA